AUGGAAAAAGGCUAUCGGGCCGUCGGCAUCGUUCUCAACAACACGGUCCGGAACUUUUGCUGUACGGGACACGCCGCCUGCUGCACUCCCGUCUCCGAGACCAGCUACACCAAGACCAGCUUCACAGAGACCAGCUUCAAGAAGACCAGUCACAAGAAGACCAGCUACACCGGGACCAGCUACAAGAAGUCCAGCUACAAGAAGACCAGCUAUAAGAAGGCCAGCUACAAGAAGGCCAGCAACAAGAAGACCAGCUACAAGGCCAGCAACAAGAAGAGCAGCUACAAGGCCAGCAACAAGAAGACCAGCUACAAGGCCAGCAACAAGAAGACCAGCUGCAAGGCCAGCAACAAGAGGGCCAGCUACAAGAGGGCCAGCUACAAGAGGGCCAGCUACAAGAGGGCCAGCUACAUACAAGAGGGCCAGCUACAAGAGGGCCAGCUACAAGAGGGCCAGCUACAAGAGGGCCAGCAACAAGAGGGCCAGCAACAAGAAGGCCAGCAACAAGAGGGCCAGCUACAAGACCAGCAACAAGAAGACCAGCUACAAGACCAGCUACAAGAAGACCAGCUACCCAGGACCAACAAAGAGGCCCAGCUACGCUGGCACCAGCUGGCAGCUACAGCGAAACCAGCUACACUGAGACUAGCUGGCAGCUGCACCGAGACUCAACAACACCUAGACCAGCUACAAUAA